AGAGAUCUACACGACUGGUCACAUGGGAGACGAGAAGGUCACAACCGACGGUAUUUCUUUUUCACAUCCUCUGUUCUUGCAUCCGUCCGACACACAGGGGACGGCAAUUAUUCCCCACAUACUGAUCGGAAUGGAGAAUUAUACUGUCUGGUCACGAGCAAUGACCAUCGCGCUCCUAGGCAAGCACAAAAUAGGGUUCGUCGACGGCUCUUGCAAGAAAGCCGAUCAAGAAGAACGCCUGCAACCCCUGUGGGAGAGGUGCAACGCGGUCGUGCUUUCGUGGCUGAUUAAUUCCAUUUCCAAGGAAUUAGCAAAUGGAAUUAUCUACUUUCAAGACGCGCAUGCCGUAUGGAUCGAGCUGAAGGAACGCUUCGACAAAAAGAGCGGCUCGCGCAUCUUCGCACUUCAUAGGGAAAUUAGCUCCCUUCGACAAGGCACAAAUCCGGUCACCGUGUAUUUUUCGAAGUUGAAAGAACUUUGGGAAGAGCAGGCGGCUCUUGUUGCAAUUCCUUCUUGUACGUGUUCAGCGGCCAAGGCAUAUUCAGAUGCCAUUCAAGAACAGAAACUGUUGCAGUUUCUGAUGGGCCUAAACGAGAAUUUCACACAGAAAUGUUCCCACCGAAGGAUUGGCGAUGACCGCUAGGGGUAGGGGACGCGGACGAGGAAGAGGCAGGGGAGA